AUGGGGUUCGCUACCGGCUUGACUGGUGGCGUCACUCUGACACUGUCCCUCGCAUAUCUCUCCGUCCUCGCUCACCAGCGCAGCCGCGAAGAGCAAGGCCGAUCUUUACGCUCCCAAGCCCUUGCUAUCCAGAGCCUCAUCGACCCCAUUCCUCAACCAUUACCACCCACCCGCUCCGAAGUUGCUGCAGCCAAGCGAGCCGAGGCGUUUGAAGUCGCCAAAGAUCGUUGGAACGAGGAGGUUGAGAACGCUGUGAAAUGGGUACAGCACACCGACUGGGACGAAGUUCGUGAGGGGCUUGAGGACCGGAUUGGCGCUCUAUGGGACAGAGCCUUUGGUGAAUCGAUAGAAGACAGCGCCUCCAAGGCCAAGAGCGAGGUUCAGUCAGUGUCGAAGAAGACCAAGGGCGAGGUAGAGAGUGCAGCAGGCAAGAUUGCCUCCAAGGCAAAGGGCGCUUUUGAGAAGGCCAAGGCAGAAGGGGAGGAUUUUGAGGCCAAAGUGAAGGAUAAUGCUUUGCAGGCGAGACUAGUUGCUUGGAGGGAGGCCCAGAAGGCCGAGAACGAAGCCCGUCAAAAGGCAUCGGAGGCCCAAGGAGCCGUUGCCUCGGCACUGGAGAAGGGUAAGGAGAAGGCUAAUGAGGUCGUAGGCAAGGUCAAAUCUGCUGUUGGCCUCUCCGGCGCUGGUGCUGCUCCUGGAACUCUUGCUCUGCCAACAUCGAACCCAGUUGCAAAGGCCCUGGAUCAGAGAUUUGAAAGGGUUGGCAGCGAUAAGCGUACCGUUGCGGAGGUGCUGAAGGAGAGAUAUACGUCGAUGGAUAAGCGCGAUAAUACUGUGCUUCGAGGGUUAUAG